GAGGUCAAUUUAUAGAUCAAUAGUUUACCAGAUUAAUACAAUUUCAUUACUACUAAUAUGUUUACCUUUCUGCGAACAGAAAAGAGUCAUUGCCAAACUACAUGUGAAGAAAAUUGAUAAGAGUAUGGGUUGGUAUAGUAAUUAUUGUGUACCGUGUGAUCAAGACCUGCAGCUGGUGGAGAAACGAUUCAAAUGUAUGAAGUGUGGUAAAUUUAAGCCUUAUCCUGACCGCAAGUAUGAGUUUUGUAUGUUAUGCGCUGACCACACUGGUACCGUCCCCAUCCUCUUCACUGAUGACGAGCUGACUCGUUUCAUUGGCAAAACGGUUUACGAUAUUCUUGCUGAUGAAACACAGGUUGGUGACGGUGAUAAAUUCCCACCCAUACUGCUCCAGUUUGAGAAGAGAACUUAUAAUUUCACCCUUCAUGUCACAAAGGAGAAUGUGGUGGGAGGUUCAAAUGUGUACACAGCUGUAAAAGUAUCUGCGGAUGAGGAGAUAUCAGCCAAUGAUGAUCCACCAGAAACAAACUCUGUCCUGAUAAAACAAACUGAAAUUUCAAAUUCGAGGACUACAUUGAACAAUACGAGUCCUGCCACUGGAGAGUCAACGAACAAAAGUAGAGCAAGGAAAAAAAUUGAUGUUGUUCCGUGUGAUUUACCAGAGAAAAGUCCUGAACCAAAGCUGAAGAAUGUCAAGACCAAAAUUGCUUGACAUGUGCACCUGGUAGAUGGUCCUUAUUUAUGGUUGCUGCAGCAUGCGUUAUUUUGGUUUUCAUUCUAUUGUACUCUUUUGUUAUAGCUAUGUUGACAAUCGUUUGUAUUCUAAACUAUUUUUGAAGAGUACACAAUGUUAGUACCAGUGAACCAGUUGGUAUUUGCAGCAUGGGAAGCUUUUAAAUUCAA